AUGUCGAUCUCCGUCAAAGACCUCGACCCCGCGUUCCAGGGACUCAGCAACAAACCAGGGCUGGACGUGUGGCGUCUGGAUCAGGGUCAGGUGGUAGCGGUUCCCAAGGCGGACCAUGGCAAGUUCUUCACCAAGGACGCGUACAUCGUGCUCAAGACGUCUGGAUCGAAGCACGGCGGCGCGGUCAUGUACGCCAUUCACUAUUGGCUGGGGAAGUCCACCACUCAGGACGACGCGGCGAUGGCGGCGAUAAAGACGGUGGAUCUGGACGCGGCGCUGGGCGGCAAGGCGGCGCAGUACCGCGAGACGCAGGGCCACGAGUCGGACCUGCUGCUCUCCUACUUCCGCCCCUGCAUCAUCGCCACUCCCGGCUCCUGGGGCCACCCCGACCCUGAGGCGUCUCAGCCGCGCCUGCUGCAAGUCAAGGGCCGCCGAUUCAUCCACGUCAGACAGGUGGCGGUGGCGCGGUCGUCGCUGUCGCACUCGGAGAUAUUUGUGCUGGACACGCGCAGCAAGCUGUUCCAGUUCACGGGCGCCAACGCCAGCAAGCAGGAGCGUGUGAAGGGCAUGGAGGUGAUGCAGCUGCUGCAGGACACCCAGUACGGCGGGAAAGCCCCCAUCGCCAUCAUCGACGACGGGAAGCUGGACGAUCCGGAGUCGAACGAGUUUUGGGACAUGUUUGGGGGCUUCGCGCCCAUCGCCAAGAAGAGCCAAGGCGAGGACGACGUUGAGGUCAAGCCCACGCCGCCCACGCUCUACUCGUCAGUGCGCCCCACCCCCCCCACACCCCUCUGCGCCGCUGAUCAGCCCCCUUCCUCCCCGCCACCCUUCCCCCCCACUCUUCCCGUCCACUGUUCAGUGUCCCCUUCCCCCCGCCACUGCUCAAAGCACAUCCGACUUAGUUUUACUGCUGUGCAUGCCAGCACUCGUGCCGCACUGCUGAGUGCACCAGUGGUAGCACGUGCGCUCGCGAUCGCCCCACUCGUCGAUGUGCUGCUGCGCUGUGCGUUGUUGCUGUGCUUCACGGGGUGCUCUUCACCCUGCCCCCUCGCUCACCUGCGUCUAUGCAUGGCCCCUGUGUGCACGCCCCUUGCAUACCACGUCCGCACUUGCAUCUGUGCCACAUUGAUCCCUGUCCAGAUCAAAUUCCUCAGCCUUACACGCUUUUCUUCAAGCACUCUACUCUCUUCGCUGCUUCCCGUUUCCCCAACCCAACCCUUCCAUUCCACCUCUCGCCCCCUCUACUCCUUGCCAAUCUCCGCCCUUUCUUCUUCCCAAGCCGCAUCUCAAUUGGUGUCGGGCGACGGGCUGCAGGAGGUGGGCGCGGGGGCGGUGAAGAAGCUGCAGCUGGAGGGCAACAAGUGUUACCUGGUGGACAUGGGCCCCACCGUCUUCGUCUGGUUCGGCCGCAUCUCCUCCCUCGAUGAACGCCGCGCCGCCUGCAUCGCCGCUGAGGUGCGCCUGCUCGCCCUGCGCGCCCCUGCGAGGCGGGGGGGGGCGGGAGGGGGGAAGGAAGGCGGAAAGGGGGAGGGGGUGCGAGGGGGAGGGAGGGAGAGGGAGGCCAAAUGGGGAGGAUGGGGGACGGGGGGGAGGACGGGGAACAGUGAAGGGGGGCCGGGGAUAGAAGGGGGAGGGUGGGCGAUCCUUCCUCUGCAGCUCGACAAACCCCGGUCCUUCCCACCUCCCAUCUCCCCUCGUUCUCUCCCUACAUUUUCCUUCCUGAUCCUCCUUCCCCUUGCUCUCCUCCCCUCAUGCCACGUCCUCGUGCCCCUCCCUCCCCUCGAACCGCGUUAUGGCGGCAGGCAUCACACGCAGCUGGUGGUAGGCAAGAAGCCCCCCUCUGUGCGCGUGGUGCGUGCUGCACUUUGUCCUUCAAAUCCCUCCUUCCCCUGCUCUCCUCCCCUCAUGCCACCUCCUCGCGCCCCUUCCCCCCCGUCCGCCCAUCAGACGCAGCUGGUGGUGGGAAAGAAGCCCCCCUCGGUGCGCGUGACGCAGCUGGUGGUGGGAAAGAAGCCCCCCUCAGUGCGGGUGGUGCGCAUGCCAGAGCGCUUCGAGCUGCCCGCCUUCAAGGCCUGCUUCUCUGAUUGGCCCGUCGUGCCCGUGCUGGGCGGUGGGGAGGGCGGCAACAAGCUCAAAGCGAUGCUGAAGCAGAGUGGCGUGGUGGACAAGGCGGCCCCCAAGGGCGCUGCAGGUGGCAGCGACGAGCACCCGCCGCUGGCCGAGACGCCGGGCGACCUCAAGUCUUCCUCCCCUACCUCGUCCUCCCUCACUGACUUCCCCCCCUUCUUCCCUUUUCUCCUAGCCUCACCUCAUCCCCCCCCUUCCUCCCGUCUUCCCCUCCUCACCCCCCCCAUUUCUUACCUUGCGCCCCUCGUCCCUCGUCCCUCCAUCACCUCUUUUUUUUUUCUCCUCUCCUCCCCGUUUACUGUCCUCCCCUCCUUCCCUCUUCCCCGCCUCUCCUCCUCCACGCCCCCCUCCUCCCCUCCUCCUCUCCUCCCCACCUCCCGGCCUCCAUUCCUCCCCGCCUCACAUCCUCCCCCCGUCCCCUUCUCCCCUCCGCCCGCCUCCCCUCCUCCCCUUCCUCUCCUCCCCUUCUCCUCCCGUCCUGCCGCCUCCCCUCCUCCUCUCCUCCCUGCCUCCGCGCCGGCACCAACAGGCGUGGAGGGUGGCGGGGAGCAGCAAGGCGGCGGUGGCAGCGGAGGAGGUGGGGAAGUUCCACGCGGGGGAGAGCUACCUGGUGCAGCACACGUCCAUCCGCGACCGCAAGCACGAGUACCUGCUCUUCCUCUGGAUGGGCAAAGACACCUCUGCUCCAACCCACGCGGCAAGGCCAACUAUAGGUUAUUAGUCAACACCCCAAUUACCCCCAUUGCUUCAUGUUCACACCGCCUCUCUUCUCCCUCUGCUACCAUCGCACUCUCUCCCCCCACUGCUCUCUCCUCACUCUCCCCCUCCCGCUCCUCCCUCACUCAUCCCCCCCCCUUGCUCUCCCCCGCACUCUCUCCGCCCACUCCCUCCCUCCAACCAGGCGGAUCGCACGGCAGCCACGGCGCUGGCAGUGCGGACCAUGGAUGGGCUCAGAGGCAACGUCACUCUGGUGAGCACCCCUGCCCGCCCCGCUCCCUCAUGCUGCGUGCCGCGCUUGGCCGUGUCCGUCAACUGUCACAGUGCCCAGUGCGGGUGGUGCAGGGCAGGGAGCCAGAGCAGUUCCUCUCGCUCUUCAAGAACCACCUGCUCUUCCUCAAGGUGCGCUGCCCCUCCUCUCUGCCUCAAUGCCUCUCCGUGCCCUCUGUGUGUCAGUAUGCGGGCAAGGCAGCAGAGGCGUAUGACGCGGCGGGCAUUGCUCUCUUCCGAGUGCGGGCGCGUGACAACGGGCUCAUCCUGGCCGUUCAAAUGGACACGGUGCCGAGGUCGCUCAACUCAUCGGAGUGCAUGCUGCUGCAGACGCCCUCCAACCCGUUCCUGUGGGUGGGCAAGAACAGCUCCGAGGCCGACAAGGCCGCCGCCACCACCGCUGCUGAAAUCUUCAAGCCCGGGGUAGCACUGAAGCAGCUGGCGGAGGGCAAGGAGACGUCGGUGUUUUGGGGGCACCUGGGCGCUCUUUAUGCCGCUCUUUCCAGCCUCUGCCUGCCCGGCGCCCUUCAUCCUCCCUCCCCCUUUCCAGCCUCCCCCCUUACCCCUUCUCCCCUCUUAUCCCCCUUACCCCCCCUCCCCCCUUACCUCCCCUCCCCCCUUACCCCCCUCGCCCUUCCCCCCUCCGUGGCACAGCCCGGGGUGGCACUGAAGCAGCUGGCGGAGGGGAAGGAGACAUCAGUGUUCUGGGGGCACCUGGGCGCCAAGGGGGACUACCCCGCCCAGCGCGAGCAGCGCGAGGCGGAGAGGGACGCGCGCCUCUUCCACUACACCGGCACUGCAGCCGCCGCCAAGGUGGUGGAGGUGCCCAACUACGAGCAGGAGGAUCUGAUCAGCGAGGAUGUGAUGCUGCUGGACACGCACAGCGAGGUGUACGUGUGGGUGGGCGUCAACCUGCCCGACAAGGACAAGAAGGACGCCUUUGAGUACGCGCAGGUGCGUGGCAAAACUCUUUCACGGAACUCUCCCCGCCCCUCCCCCCUUCACUCCUUCCCUGCCCUCUGGCACUCCCCCCCUGCCUCCUGGCACUUCCCCCUCCCCCGUGGCACUGUCCCCCUGCCCCUCCCGCCCUCUCUUCCCCCCCUGUCCCUCUGGCAGCGGUACGUGGAGCAAGUGGCGGGCAGCGAGGGGCGGUCCAAGGAGGUGACCAUCAUCCGCGUGGUGGAGGGCUUUGAGCCGCCCAUGUUCACCACGCACUUCCAAUGGGACCCCACCAAGACUGCCGCCUUUGUGGACCCGCACGAGCGCAAGCUGGCGCACCUGCAGGGCCGCGAGGUGGAGCUGUCCGACGUGAGUGCAAUUGGGGGGGUGGGGCAUGGUGCAUGGGGGCGUGGGGGCAUGGUGCAUGGGGGCGUGGGGCAUGGUGCAUGGGGGCGUGGGGGCAUGGUGCAUGGGGGCGUGGGGGCGUGGGAGCAUGGGGGCGUGGGGGGCGUGGGAGCAUGGGGGCAGGGGGGCGCUGCCAAGCGCAAGUUGGCAACACUUGGCCUAGCAUCAUCCCACCCCGCUGCUGCUGGAGCUGCAGCAGCGGCACCAGCAGAUGCGGAGCCCGCCACGGCAGCCCCGCCAGCAGAGGUUGUUGCAGCUGCUGCGGCACACGCUGCCAAGGAUUCUGCAUCCUCUCAGAUGGCAGCAGCCAUGGCUGCCCUUAAGGGCUCCAUUAAGGGGGUGCCCACCAAGCCUGAUCCUGCCGCUGCUGCUCCUGCUGCUGCCGCACCUGCGCCCCCGGCUACGCCUGAGCCUGCUCCUGCUGCCGAGGCUGCGGCGCCCAUGUCCGCUGCCUCUCAGCGAGCCGCUGCCAUCGCUGCCCUCUCAGGCACUCUCACUGCGGAGAAGAGGAAGAGUGAGUGGCGCUUCUUGCUUCAUGGUGCAAUGUCUCUGCCCAGUGUGCUGGAUUGGUCAUGUGGUGGAGGAGCAGCAUACUCCAUCCCCAAGGUGCAAUCGCCCGCAGCCACGGCUCGCUCACCAUCCUCCACGCCUGAACCACAGCCCGUUGCCAGCCCCGCUGCCGUCACGCCCUCCUCCCCCGUGCCCGCCCCCAUCCCCGAGGGAGAUGAGCCCUCUGAUGCUGCGGGCGCUGAGGCAGCAGUGGAGGGCGCCGUGUUCGCCCUGGAGAGGCUCACAGUCAACAGCACGGACCCUGCUCCUGGCAUCGACACCAAGAAGAGAGAGGUGCGUGAUGAGCAGGAGUGA